GCCAAACACGAUAAUUCUUUCCUAAACGCCGUUCUCGUAUCAAAAAAAGGGCCGUGUCAUAUCAAACUUAGCCUUUCAGAGGGCCCAGAAAAUAGAGAUUCUAGUCAUGAAAUGGAGCUAAAUAGAAACCGCGGCUUGAGGCAUUUGUCAUGAUUCGGAAAGAGCUCGAGUGCCUGUGUUACCAUCUCAAGCCACGCCGAGGUAAUGACAUUCACGUUAGGGACCUCGACUUCUGUAUUUAGCAUCGCCAAUCUAGUCAUUCAUCCUAUUCUUCACAAUACCAUGAUCCCCUAGUAAAUCACAUCACAUCAUCAUAACCAUGUCCAACCAACCUCCGACCUUCCUCAACACAGUGUACUACCCCAGCUGGCGUGUGUACAAAGGCUUCCCCCCCUCAUCCCUGCAACUCGACUGCAUCGAUCAAAUCUUCUAUGCCUUCGUGCUACUGAACCCGGACGGAACCCUCAAAUACCUCGACGAGUACGCGGACCUAACCAAGCCCGUCGACGGCGAAACCGGUUGUCUCCGCGCCCUUGCCAAGCUUAAGCAGCGCAAGCCCACUCUCAAAACCCUGAUCUCCGUUGGCGGCGGCAGCGGCAGCGCCGAGUUCCCCGCCAUAGCCGCGGACCCAGCCCUCCGCACCACCUUCGCCAACUCCUGCCGGCAAUUUGUCGACCAAUUCCAGCUCAACGGCAUCGACAUAGACUGGGAGCACCCCACAACGCCCGAAGCCGGCACAAACUACAUCCAGCUCCUACAAGCUCUACGCUCCGUCCUCCCCUCCCCCCAAUACCUCCUCACAACAGCCCUCCCUGUCGGCGAAUACUGCCUAAAAAACAUCAACAUCCCCCUCGCCGCUCAACUCCUCGACACCCUAAACCUAAUGGGCUACGACUUCAACGGCCCCUGGACCAACGUCUGCGGCCACCACGCGCAGCUUCUGCGGCAACCGGGCGACGAAAACUCCAUACACCCCGGCCUACGCCACAGCUGCCACCGCGGUGCGAGUUUCCUCCUCGCGCGCGGCUUUCCCGCGCAGAAACUCGUGUUGGGGGUUCCCGCGUACGCGCGCUCGUUUACGGGCGCCAGGGGCGUCGGACAGCCGUUUACCGGGGCCGCGGAGCUUGAUUACAACGAGUUGCCGCCCGAGUGGAUCCGGGACGCGGCUGUGGAUGAGAACGUCGCUGCGGCGAGUUAUGUCGAUAAUGCGCCCGGUGGGAAGGGGUUUGUGAGUUUCGAUGUACCGAGGACAGUGAGGAUGAAGGCGGAGUAUGUGAGACAGAUGGGGUUGGGUGGGUUGUUUUACUGGACUGGGGUCGGUGAUGUUAAUGGUCCGGACAGCUUGGUGAGGGCGGGUUAUGAGGGUUUGCAUCGUGGUUAGGGUGUUGGGAGUCGAGGGAUGUUCAGGGUCGUUUGGGUUUUUUCGGUAAAUCUGAAUGCUGUCGAUACGUCCCUAGGUAGGUAUAAGAAUCAGACUGAUAUCCUAGGAUAUUCGUGACCUUCUCGUCGGACAGGGGGUAAAAGGAAUACUGUGGCCCAUAAGCUG